GAUAGGGUUAUCCACCUUUCGAACAACCAGGGCCUGAUGGGGUGCACGUGAAUGGACGAUAGAAGACUGGGAGCGAGAAUGACAGGAAGUGUAAAAAGUGUCAACAAAACGUAAAGCUGGUACCAGUCAUGUAAUCACAAUGUUCGUUACACUUUCUUGUGGAUGUCACUGGUUGUCCUUUGUUUCAUCCUAAAAGAGCUGCAGAACUUUCUAGUUCUUUGUUUGGAAGCUGAGGAUUCAAAAGUUCCCUCGAGUUUUGCGUGGGACGCUCUGCGUUGAAAAAGAAAACCGCGAUUAGAUCAUCUUGCAAUCUCGUAACCCCACAGUGGAGCAAUUAUUUAGCGAUAAACGGACCAAUCAAAGUACAGUUGACCUUAUCAAGGACACUUAGCACAUUUCGCGGUGCUUUGAUGGGACAACAUUGUCGAGUAAGUGGACAAGUUAGCUGUGGGCCUCCGUCUUCUCCCUUAGCGGGGGCCUAGCGAAGGACAGAGGCCCGUAUGGAAGCCAGGGUCCCCGUUGCACCAGGUUUUGACGAGAAUUGCACGUCUAUGACGCAUGAGUUCUCUCAAGUACCAAAGGAAUUCGGCCCUGGGUUGGUGGACUGUCAUCCGCAGAGCAAUUUCAACUUGUUUGAGAUGCAGAUCAAGCCGGAGUUAAGAUGUGCUAUUGAGGACGGUGGAGAGGAUGUCGACAUGGAAUACAUGAUGGAAAUGUCCUUUGAAUGCGAUAAUGGAAACGAUGCGGUGACUGCCGAUGAACAAGAAAGAAGAAGAAUACGAAGGGAGAGGAACAAAGUGGCCGCCUCUAAAUGUCGCAAGAAGAGAAAGGAGCACGUGAAAACACUAGUCGAGGCAUCCGAAGAGCUGGAACAUCAAAACAACGACCUUCAAGGUCAGAUCAGCAAGCUGCAGGCAGAAAUAAAGCAACUGGAAUUCAUGUUGGAUUCCCACAGCUGUGCCAAAUAUUCCCACGGACAACAGGAUGAUAACGAGCUUGGAUUAAACGUUAAUUAGUGAUGGGGACAAGUGAGAGAGAAAAAAAUCACCUGGAGCAAUGCUCCAUCAUUAUGAUUUAAGAUGAAGAGCUAUAAAUACCACGCGUGUGCGAGCGUGGAACGGGUGCCACACCGUGACAAGAAGAAAUCCCGCGUGCUCUCACCUGAAGCGCGUAGGUGACAAGCGUGGUAUCGCGUUAUUCUUCAUCAUUUGUGCUAACGUAAGGGAGGCGCUUUUUGAAUGAUGUAAGUUUUUGUUUGCUGUAUAAGAGGCUUGCUGGUUUACGACAAAUUUGGUAAAACAAAAUCCUACAAAAUAAGGAGUAAUCAUCCAACGAAACUUCGGAAAGUUUAUUAUGGAUUAAAAGUCGUUUUGAAAAUUAAACCUCGGAGGAUGAAUGUUUUACUGAGUCAAGUGUGGUUGCGUUGCUGGUAAAACGAACGUUUUUGUUUGUGAAUGAAAAAUAUGAUAAGUUAAUUUCAAAAGUUGCGUAUUAAUUAAUUGAUAAAAGAAGCUGCAGUCUGCUUGCAUUGAAGAUAAACUCAUAGCGCUGUUUAGGCUUGCCACUUGUAUAGAUGAUUCGAAAAUUAAAGUGAUUAAAAAUUGAGAAAGUAAAAGCUUAAAUGUGUCUUAACUAUUAAAACUCCCCUAAAUACUGCUAGAUCCCCUAGGUUGAUUAACUUCUGUCUUCUCCCUGCAAUAAUUUCAAUAUCAGUUAAGGACGGUGCCUACUAAAUACAAAGCCGUCCUUUCGCCAGAUUAGGACCAUGUGGAAAAAUUAGACCUUUUGCAAGAGCUAUUGGAAGCCGCAGAGAAAACUAGGGAUAGCCACGCAUUUUUCGGAGAUAAUUAGCAUGGAAUCUCCCUCGAACAAAAAUGCUGACGUCAGAAGUAAUUAAUUAAUUAUUUUUUAAUUAGUAUUUUGACUUUAAUGAGCCCCCUCCCCCAAUUGUAAAAGCGACAUUCUAAAUGAUUACUUGCGCGAACUAUUCAAACUCAAUUUUCAUUGGUUAUUGAUACUCUGGGGAAAAUGCAAAUGACAGUACAAAAUAAUUUGCAUAUGUACCAACACAUCACUCUACUCGAAGCGAAGAAAGGGAAGAGUUGGCAACCUACCCUCUCACCCAACUAGUAAGUCAG